AUGGUGAUUUCUGCGAAUGGUGAAGGUCAGCCUUCGGCCGACAACAGCAACGUCCGACCAUCUCCAGCCCACACAGACAACGCAUACAACACAGACAACAAGAACCUACCCCUCUUCCGCCUCCCAGCCGAGCUCCGCAUCCGCAUCUACCGCAUGAUCGUCGUCAAACCGAACCCCAUCCACCUCACGGACCUCAUAUGCGUCGGCCACACGGACGAACGCCACAAGCUCGCCCAAGAAGCGAAGCAACCACCCCUCGCCCACGUCUGCAGCCAGCUAUACCACGAAGUCUCGCACACCUUCUACGCGGACAACGUCUUCAAGUUCAGCUCCAUCAGAUCCGCCGGCUAUGCCGUCCGGCUUCGAAGUGAGCAGGCUGAGCGGAUGGUGACCACGUGGCUGGCGACCCUGAGCGAGGCGAACCAGAAUGCCCUUGGAAGCGUGAGGGUCUGUGUGGAUCUUUGCUGGACACCUGAGGGGAGGGAUCGGAAGAAGGCCGGGUUGUACAAGUGCGUGGAUGAGCUUCAGGUCACCAGAUACAGAUACAGCCGGGCGCCGCGGAGUGAGUGGAGGGAUAGCCAUGCGGAGUUGACGGGCUGGUAUUGGGAGUAUAAUGUGGUUCCUAAGAAGGGAUGUGGCCGAAAUUUGGGGACGAAGGACGACCAGUUCCAUGUUCGGCAUCAUUUGCUCGUGAAGAAGAGCUGA